UUUGACAAUAUUUCACCUUCAGAACAGCAACAGUUGGCUUUUACAGAGUUUCUACCCUGUGAAUAUCAUGUGCAGUACUGCGUGUGCUCUGGAGGAUAUCUUAACACACAAAGUUAAAAAAAAACAAAUAUGCCUGCAGAGACAAAAAUGCCUCAGUUACCUCACUGUAAUAACAACAGAACAGUAGCAUUUAACAAUCUUACAGGGCUGCAGUUGCACAGCACAUGCACAACACAAUCCAUCCAGUGAUCCUUUGGACUGGUGACAACACAUUGUGCUGAAUCUUCUGGCUCCCAGUCAUUACACAUAACACUACACACAGCAGCUGCAGGUGUUUGGGUGUUAAAGUUAAACUCAAAGUUGCUUCAGGAUGAGCUGCAAGUGGAUGAUGAUGGGAAAUGGCUUCUGGAGUGCACACAUGAAUGCUGCUUUAUACACUGUAAAGCUCAUUAGGGACACUAGAUCUACUGCAGUGUACUUUACUACGCAUGAGCUUUUCAGUUUUUUUGUUUGCUUUUAACUACACAUGUUCAUGUUAGCCGUACAUUUUGAUAUCGAGCUGAGGUCACUCUGAGUCAGCUGUUCCUGCUGCGUUUCAGCUGCUCUCAGCGCUGAAACGAAACAGAUCCGAUCCUCCUCCUCCUUCCUCCACCACAACGCCACACAUCCACCCGUUCAACACGCCCAGUGACGUUUAACGUGAACGAUUACAAGUGUGAUGAGACACGACAUGGACAAACAAAUAACAACAAAAAAAAGAUAAUUAAAAAUCAAUCCACGGUGAUGCAAUGAUUGCGGGCACACAGUUUCACUUUCGUUUCUCCUUACAGCGACUCUGUGUGUGUUUAGGUUUUGUUUUCCGUUCCUCAGCACGGUGCGCGGCUGCGUCAUCUUUAAGUUUCGCUCCCGAGUUGAUAAAAGUCAGCUGUGAGUCCUGAGGACGCGGGUGGGCGGAAUGUUUUCCUGGGGAGAGCACAGCCUGCGGGGCUUCCGCCUCAGACACGGAGCCCUCGCCGACAGCCACCGGCGUGAUGCUGAUGGUGAUGAUGCGGAUUGUGAUGAUGAUGAUGAUGGGGUCCAGUACGCAGACCUCGGGUACCACAUCACGGACCUGUCGGCAGGUCACAGCGUGCUGGCCUUCUGCAAAAGCAAUGGAAACUCGUUCAUCAUCAGAACGAACGAGAGCCAAGACGGGAGAAGAGUCAGAGGGAAGCAGAUAAUGGUGACAUGCCCCUGCUGUGUCUCCCUCUCAGAGUUUGUGCAAUGUAAGGAGAAGAUCGUGGCUGUGAGCUGCGGAGACGACACAGUCACGCUGCUGUCAGACAGAGGAAACGUCCUGUGUGUGGACACAGCUCACACCUACAUCCCUCGGCCAGUGGAGGCUUUGAGUAACAUCACAGUCAGUCAGGUUGCCUGUGGGAGCCGUCACUCAGUGGCCCUGACCAAAGAUGGUCAGGUGUACACAUGGGGCCAGGACUCCAGAGGCCAGCUGGGUCUGGGGAAGAGGAAGCUCGGUGCCAGUUCACCCCAACACCUCCGAUCUCUGUCAGCGCUCCCUCUGGUCCAGGUCUCUGCAGGGGGAGAGCAGAGCUUCGCCCUCUCUGUGUCUGGAGGUGUGUUCGGCUGGGGCAGGAACGACUGUGGACAGCUGGGGCUGGGAGACAGGACAGACAGACAUACACCUACUGCUGUUCAAUGCCUGAACUUGAAGAAAACUGUCCACAUUUCCUGUGGAAAGGACCACACUGUCACUCUGACCAAGACGGGUGCAGUGUUCACCUUUGGCUCCGGUCAACAUGGACAGCUCGGGCACAACUCAUUCUGCGAUGAACUGCGACCUCGGCUGGUUGCGGAGCUCUGGGGGGCAAAAGUCACCAAGAUCACAUGUGGACGACAUCACACAUUAGUACUAACAGACUCCAAGAGGAUCUACUCCUUCGGGCGCGGAGAAGAAGGUCAGCUGGGACACGGAGAGGAGAGUCACCCGUCUGUGCCGCUACCUGUUAAACUGCCACGAGACUCGGCUGAUGAUCCAAAAAUUACAAACAUCUUCGUAGGAGGAAACUGUUCGUUUGCAAUAUGCACGUCUGAUGAGGAAGUUCAUGAUGAGUCAGACAUCACGAACAGUGUAGCACAGCAUUGUCUUGAUAGCAUGGUUGACAAAUGGAUCGCUGAAUGUAAUUCAAAGUCGUGGAAGAAGAUAAAACAGGAAAUUCACAGGACAUUUUCCUCUGCAUCCUGUGUGAAUAAGAGCUUCCUUGAACAAAGCAAAGACAAACAUUUCCUGACUUCACCAAAGUACUCUGGCCUGAAACUGUCUCUUGCACGACGUGCCUUCAAGAAACUGGUGAAAAAGGAUGAUGUUAUAGCUGAGGUUGAGGCUGCUGUCCAGCACUUGCUUCCCUCCCUUGAUAGGAAGCCGGUGGGUGUGGAGGGGUUGAGGAUCCACCUGCUUCUCAUGGAGCUCCUGUAUGUGAUCCAGAGACACAAACGGCAAGAAACGAGCACAAGGCUUGCUGAGGCAGUCGCUGCUGCAGUACUACGCUUGUCUGAUGACAGCCUCCAGGUCAUAGGAGACUGGUGGUCCUCGCUGUCGCCCUCCACCAUGGUUAAACAUGUAAAGGUGUGGAAGCAGGCCCUCUCAGCGGUCCUGUCCUUUAAGCCUGUACCUCGCAACUCUGGAGUCAGAAACCUGCUGCUAGUGCUCCAGUACAUGUACAACGCCAACUGCAGGAUCGCAGAACCACAGAGGUUGCCAGAAAGUGAUUUUAAUCUGUUGAUUGACAAAGAGUUUCUUCGUGAGGAUGUGCUGUUUUGGCGUUCAAGGUUGAAACGCAAGAAAAUGAAUGCAGAGCCACUCAUCCUCUGUAGUUUUCCAAUCGUGAUGGAUCUGCAAUCAAAGAAACUGGCUUUUGAUAUAAAUGCUAACAGCACCAAGUGGGAAACAAUUUUUCAAAUCAUCUGCAGCAUGCCAUUUGAAUAUGGAUUCCCAUUACCUCAAGAUGUGUUCUUUGAAAUGGACCUGAGGAGAGCAGCUGUUUUGGAAGACACCUUCAAACAAAUGGCUACUGCUCAUCACACUGACUACAAGAUGCCACUUGUGGUAUACUUCGACAAAAAUCGAACAAUUGAUAAUCUUUGCAGAAAAGACUUUUUCUACAAAGUCUUUCACGACUUGGUGUCACUUGAUACUGGCAUGUUCAUGUUCAAUGACAAUGAAACGCUGGCAUGGUUCCCCUCCAAAGCAACACAGGAGGACCAGAGAUACUUCCAGUUUGGGGUUCUGUGUGGAUUGGCUUUGUACAACGGCUGCAUCAUUCACCUGCCCUUCCCACUGGCUCUGUUCAAGAAGCUGCUGGGUGUAAAGCCUUCACUGCAGGAUUUGUUGGAACUCAGCCCAGUUGUUGGAGUGAGUCUGCAGUACAUUCUGGAAGACUGCCAAGAUGACGACUUGGAAAACCUGGAGAUGGAUUUUGUCAUCAGCUGGGAUGGGACAGAGAUCGACCUUGAUCCUAAAAAUCCUGAAAAGCCGGUGACAAGUGAAAACAAGAAGGAGUUUGUGGAAGCCUACGUGAAUCACGUCUUCAACACAUCGGUGGAGGGCGUGUUUGAGGAGUUCAAGCGAGGCUUCUUCCAGGUGUGUGACCGAGAUCUGGUGAAGCUGUUCCGACCGAAGGAGCUGCAAGAAGUUUUGGUGGGCAAAGACCUCCUUGACUGGGCAAAGCUGAAACAGAACACAGUCUAUGAGGGGGGCUACCAUCCGGACCACCCCACCAUACAGAUGUUUUGGGAGGUUUUUGAUGAACUAAAUGAGGAUCAGAAGAAAGCUUUCCUUUGGUUUGUGACAGGCUUUGAAAGGGUGCCGAUUCUUGGCAUGGAAACGAUCGAGAUGAAAGUCGGAGUUGUCAAAAUCCAGGACCUCUCCUACGACCAGUACUACCCGCAGACACAUACGUGUUUCUCAACCCUGGAGCUGCCCUUAUACUCAACUAAAGAGAUCAUGCAAACCAAGCUGAUAGAGGCCCUGAGCAACAGCAAAGAUAUCUACAAGUGAUGGUGGGGCUGUACCUCAAGUAUUCACUGCACCUACAGAGAAGAGGAUACUGUAAUAGAGCACUUUAUUAAUGGAUGAUGGAGAGAAGCCUUUGUAGCUGUUGCCAAUGUGUCUUUGUUUAUGCAAAAGCAAAGUUUUUAAAAGUCUUUUUGAUGAUGAUGAUGAUGUGUACAUAGUGAAAAUUCGGAUAUAAAUAGUACACAUUGUGCUAUAUAAGUUGCAGAAAGUCUUAAGUUAUUUAUUUUACUACAUUGCCUUUCACAAGUGUCUCCUCGGGGGAUAAAGAGUGUUAUAUAGUUGUUAUUUCGGGGCCAAGUUGAACCAGAGAUGUUACAUACAGUGCAAUUCCAUACAGUCAGCAGAAUUACCUACAUUUAUAUUCAUUGUGUAAGUGCGUUAUAUGUAAAUGUUUUGUUGUUGGAGCAAUAAAAAAAAUACAUUCUUCUCAA